ACGUCGACAAUGUGUGGCGGGAUUUGGCAUCAAGUCGCGCACUUGCACAGGCAGAAGUGUUUCGUGUUCGCGGCGGAUUGAAAGUCCCGAGUCCUGCCAGCCAGCGAGCGCCAUUGCCAACAAAUGGCCAUCCAGCAUCCCCACAUGCCGCCCUCGUCCGCGCCCCAGAUGGCGCCGCACCCGGGGCCAGUCAUGCCCUUGCAGAUGCACUAUCAGGCUCAAGGCCAGCAGCAGACGCAGCUCCAUUAUCAGCAAAUUCAGAAGCAGCAGCUGUCCCAGUUCUGGGCCCAGCAAAUGCAGGAGAUGGAGCAAGUCAAUGAUUUUAAAACUCACCAGCUGCCACUCGCGCGCAUAAAGAAGAUCAUGAAGUCCGAUGAAGAUGUUAAGAUGAUCGCAGCAGAAGCUCCGGUGCUAUUUUCUAAAGCUUGCGAGAUGUUUAUCUUGGAAUUGACGCUUCGUUCUUGGAUUCACACUGAAGAGAAUAAAAGACGAACACUUCAAAGAAAUGAUAUUGCUGGCGCUAUCACUAGAGGCGACAUUUUUGACUUCCUUGUAGACAUUGUUCCACGUGACGAGUUAAAGGAAGAAGACUUGGGUGUUCCAUGGUCUGGAGUUCCAGGGAUUCCAGCUGAGGGGGUGCAAUAUGGAGGAAUGUACUACCCUCCCAUGCCCGGGCAGCCAAUGCAUCAUCCUAUGGGAGCCCCUGAGAUGAUGGUCGGCCAGCCAGGCAUGCCACCAAACCCACAAAUGAUGUAUCAGCCACCACCGGCUGCUUUCGCGCCGGAGCAGCAGCAGCAACAGCAGCAGCAGAUGCAGUAACCUCAGGAGAAUGCAAGAACUUCUGAGCUCUGAGAUACAGGGCUCUUGAACCAAGUGGCUAACGUCACAUGCAGCGGUACUCAUCGUAAUGGUAUUAUUAAUUGUCACUACAAGGAAGGAGGAGUCGCAACAUGCAGGUGUAUUCUUGUCAUAUCGACACUUUUGGGUUUAGCAUUAAAUUAUAUUUGAGUAGCUUGCACAUCUUAACUGUAAACAUCGACAUAAAUGAUUCUCAGUUCUACUCAUUGUAGCUAUGAAGGUAUUUAUUUAAGCACCGUAACUAGCGCAGGGAAUAUCACGCAAACUUUGUGAAUCUAUAGAUUACUGCCCGCCGGCCAAGUAUUAGCAAUUGCAGAAUUUCAUUUAAGUUCAGGUUGAAGGCGUAAGUAUCCAUUAUCCUAGCAUUGGUAAUUUUCUCAUCGUCCUGUUUUUUCUUCUUUAGACUUUUGUAUAAGUAAAACUUUUGGAUUCUAAUCUACA